AUGGCUGUAAGUGCUAUUGCUCAGUCAGCCAAGCAAGUGCAAGCUUCAGAAGAAGCAAUUAAUCAAGAAAAAUGUAUUAAUGAAGAAUAUAAAAUUUGGAAAAAAAAUUCUCCUUUUUUGUAUGAUUUGAUUAUUACAAGGGCUUUGGAAUGGCCAUGUGUGUCUCUUCAGUGGUAUCCAGAUCAACAAAUAUUCCCCGAACUUGGAUAUACGGAACAAAACGUCCUGCUGGGUGUCCGUGCUGACGCUGGAAAGUAUUAUCUCGCAGUUGCUGGUAUUCAAUUACCUUACCUAAAUCAAAAUACAAAUCCUACUACUAUAGAAAAAGAUGAACAAGACAGCUCUCUUCGAGUUAAUGUUCGUGAGCUCUAUUCUCAUCCAGAGUCAAUUAGCCAAGCGAAAAUAAUGCCACAGGCGACUAGCCAUGUUGCUACUAUCGGGAAUAAUCAUAAUGAUGUUUUGGUGUUUAACGAAUCGUCUUUUGGUUCCUAUAACUCUUCAGACGAAUUUCCAAUCCAACCUGCCAUGAAACUACAAAAGCAUGACUUAUCUUGUACAUCUUUAUGCUGGAAUUAUAUGAAGCAGGGGCAACUCGUGUCAGGCUCUCGAGAUUCCACUAUCUGCCAUUGGGAUAUUGAUCAUUACAAUGAAAGUAAUCCUUCCUCUGCAUUAAAGGCUCAAAUAUCUACACAUGAAAAGCCCGUUAAUGAUAUUAAAUACCAUUUCAAACAUGGUGAUAUUUUUGCUUCCGUUUCUAGUGAUCAACAUCUUCACCUUCAUGACAGCAGACGAGCAGAUUAUUCAACAACCCCUCUGAAAAGCAUUCAUGCUCAUUCUGCAGAGGUGAAUGCACUUGCCUUCAAUCCUCUAAAUGAUUUUAUUAUGGCUACAUGCUCAGCGGACAAAACCAUUGGCCUUUGGGAUCUCCGGAAUCUCAACAACCGCUUGUACACCCUUGAAGGACACGAGGAUCAUGUUUCUAAUAUAAAGUUUUCUCCUCAUGAGGAGUCCGUAUUGGUUUCUACUUCUGUUGAUAGAAGAACUUUACUUUGGGAUCUCUCACGGAUUGGUGAGGAGCAGUCCGCCGAAGAAGCCCAGGAUGGCCCACCCGAGUUGCUAUUCAUGCAUGGUGGUCAUACCUCGUGUACCAUUGAUAUGGACUGGUGUCCUAAUUACAACUGGACUUUGGCUACUGCUGCUGAAGACAAUAUUCUCCAGCUCUGGACACCUUCCCGUUCAAUUUGGGGGAAUCAACAUUUGGAAGAAGAUGCUCAAGCCGCUUGA